CCGAUUGUUGAUUCCGGUUGUCAAAAAGCGACGGGGCGAUCAUCGCGGGGCGGAUUGCGCGUCCCCCUCGCAGCGCCUGACGAUUGUUGUCACAGUAAUAAUGUUUACGUUGUUAACGUUUUAAAGUUCAUCCGAGGGCCAACCUGCUCGGAUCUUGAGACGGAUUUGUACACAGACACGGAGAAGAGCCGAGCGAUUGAGCGGCAGAGUGAAUGGGAGGUCAGGAGAUUGUACAACCAAGUAAGACGCGGAGUGGACGAGUGUUUCAGAGAGUGGACAAGUCGACAAGGCACAGAGUAGAGGAGUGACCAACAACAAGGGGAGUGGUGGACGGCAGAGGGGGCCGCCAUGCAGGUGUCACUGGGCGGCAUGUACUUUGCCAUCAUGCUCUUCCUGGGCAGCUUCCUGGGUAGCGUGUUCAUGCUGGGACCCUUCCUGCCUCUGCUGCUCGUCAACCCGCCCUGGUACCGCUGGCUCACCGACCGCAUCGUUGCCACCUGGCUAACGCUACCCGUGGCGCUGCUGGAGUUGGUGUUCGGCGUCAAGGUGGUGGUGACGGGCGACGGUUUCCGCCCAGGCGAGCGCAGCGUCAUCAUCAUGAACCACCGCACGCGCCUCGACUGGAUGUUCCUGUGGAACUGCCUCCUCCGCUCCAGCUACCUGCGUCUCGAGAAGAUCUGCCUCAAGUCGACGCUCAAGCACGUGCCGGGCUUCGGCUGGGCCAUGCAGGUGGCGGCGUUUGUGUUUAUUGCACGACGCUGGGAGCAGGAUGAGCAGCACAUUACGCGCCACCUCGACUACUUCACGGCCAUCGACCAGCGCCUCCAGCUGCUCUUCUUCCCCGAGGGCACCGACCUGACCGCGAACACUAAAGCACGAAGCGACGAAUUUGCCGAGAAGAACGGCCUGCCCAAGUAUGAGCACGUGCUCCAUCCACGCACCACCGGCUUUACCCACAUCGUACAGCGCCUACACUCAGGUGGGAAGCUGGACUGUGUACACGACGUUACGGUCGCCUACCCUUGCAGCUUCCCGCAGAACGAGCUGCAGCUCCUCGCCGGCCGCUUCCCGCGCGAGAUCCACUUCCACGUGCGGCGCCACCCGAUCUCCACGCUGCCCCCCGACGCCGCUGGCCUGGCCGCGUGGUGCUGCGACCGCUGGCUCGACAAGGAGGCCAUGCUGCACUCCUUCUAUGAACGAGGCUCCUUCGUGGCGCCGGCGACUGAACCGUCGCCAACGACCGCCAGCUCAAAUGGCGCCGUCGUUGCGGCCGCACACAUGGAGCCACCGGUGCCGCAGUGCAAAUCGGAGCUGCGCGUUCGUUGCGUGCAGUGGCUGUCGCUCGUUUGGUGGACGGUGUUCACGUGCGUUGCCGCACCGGCGCUCCUGUACAGCUCGGCGGUGGCGCGUGCAUACUUUGUGGUGGCGUGCACGUUCUUCGCGCUGCAGGCGCGUGUCGCCGGCGGCCUUGAAAAGCUGGAGGUGGCGUGGUUCCCGCACUGGCAGCGGCUCAGUGGGUACGGGGCCGUCGCCAGUCGGGGCUCCUGAGAAUUGUGGACUUGCGUAAAUUUGCACGCCGCUGUUCACGAUUCUUAGGCCUGAGCCCCUCCUCGUGCCCCAACUCAUCCCUCUGAUCGCUCAGUCCACGCUUGAAAGAGAUUUACAGUGUAAUAUUUGUCAGAAAACUGGCAAUGUCCACUGUUUUGUGCCAGUUAAAAAAAUGAUUCCCACUCAUGAUUCAGGUCCUGAUGGUCUCUGAGCUCAAUCAAAGUGAUUUCCCAUUUAAAUGAGCGCACAGCGGCAAUCGUCGCCAAUAUACAGCCCUGAGCCAGUCGCACAAAUUCCACAUUACUUAGGCCAGGACUGAUCCAAUCCAUAGAUCAAUUACUCAUACUUUUCCACAAAGUGGUACCACCGCUCCACCAAAACAAUUAUGUAACUUUAAAUUUCCUUGGAACCUUCGACCUUGCUGCGCUGAACAGCACAGGGGGCGACGAAACUUUUCCCACACCUUCUGGUCUGCAGCCAGCUGAGCCACAUCGUCCUAUGUUACGCAACUGCUGUCAGAAUGAUACAUUUCAAAGUGGAAAAUGGUAUUCUUUCAUCCUCUGCCUGCAUAAGCAUUUCAUUUUUAGGCCGUGCAUUGUUUUUUUCCCAGUACAUGAGGAUGUUCAUCAGCUUGGGGCGGGCGGUGGAGCGGUUAACAAUUUCUCAAUCGAAAAUACCACUUUAAAAAAAAAACUAAAUCGUCCGCCUUCAAAUUAAUGCUCACAUCAACGGCAACACCACCAAAAUGCAAAGCUUCAUUAAAACUCGUUAAUAUUUUUCGAUAUAAAAAAACUCAGUAGCCAUGCAAUUUUUGCUCGUUUUAAAAACAUCGCGGCAUUUGUUUUUUUCAUACGUGUUUUAAAAAAAGUUUAAUUGAUUGUUACCAUGACGUCACCAUGGAUUCUUAAGGUAAUCGUGUUAGUGAUGUUAUUUUAUGCAAUGUUUUACCGCCAGAACUACGUACAUUCACCUUUUUGUCAUCGUUCGGACAUGUAUUUUUUGUUGUCACCACCAUCGCACUUAUUUAAAUGAUUCUAAACGUUAGAUACUCGAGGUGGCUGGGUGGUGCUAGGACAAACGCGCAACACACUGGAGCAAAUGGUCUGACAACGUCUAGGAUUCAGCCCCAAAUCUGUUGAAGCAAAAACAAAAAAACUGUUCAUGAAUGGUAAAGGGCUCUUUGAUGAAUGUAUAAGGAGGAGAGGAAAGCCCUUGCGUGUGUGGUGAGUUUCGCUCGUUUCAGUUGUCUCAGAAUUUAGUGCAAGGAAAACACCUAUUGCAAUGUUUUAUUUAAACUUAAUUAGUGCUGAACACUUGAUUUGAUCGUGUUGUAUAAGCUCAAUUUUUUUACAGUAGAUGCCCCCUAAUCUGAUUGUUUAGGUGCGAGGGAUAAAAAAAAGAACUGUUACCAAGUUGGUAGCAGAGGCAACAAAAGGUUGUGAAAUAAAACGAGGGCAAAUGGUCAUUGUUUACUGCAACAGUGUGUCAUUGUAUUUUAUUGGGCCAUAGAGCCCUGCAAAAAAUAUUUUCUUAUAUGACAUAAAUCAUCUUAGUAGUUGCAUUUAUUUCACUGCUGUUCUGUGUCUUGGUCUCACAUUUAUAGACUUUUUCCGGUCUAAUUGUAACGUGGUGUAGGAACACGUUUUCACCGAAUCAUAAGAUUCCAUUUGGCACGAGCUGUCCUGACGAUGACGGGUUGGCAGUUCGUGACCAGGGCGCGUGCGGUGUGCACGGCGAUUGUACACGAGUGGCGCGUACAGCUUGUUUUGUUUUUAAAUUGCGACUUGUUAUGCUAAUGUGAUGUUUUGUCUUCUGCCUUGACAAAUAUAAAUAUAAACACA